UAGAGUGUCAGCUAGUGGCCUCUAUACUCAGUUGCGAUGCAUGCCUUACACAGAUUUUUACAAUUAGAUAAUUCGAUUUUUAUUCCAACAAAACAACCGCAAUUGUUGUUUCAUUUUAUUUCAACAUUUUUGUUAUUCAACAUUCUGUGUUUGUUAUGCAUUCUGAAGACUUAAAUUUAACUUUUUCGGGAGUUUACAUUUAUUUCGCAGUGUCAUUUCAAUUUAGUUUGAGAACAUUUUAUACAUCAAAUGUGGCUUCUUGGUUCAACUCCCGAAGUCAUGGAAGAGCGCCUGUCACCUUCUGCACGUUUUGUCCGAAGCCCCUGGAAUAACCAUAAUCAAGCCGCAACGAGGGUUCACAGUAUUGAAGCAAUAUUGGGAUUUAAAGACGAAAAUAUGUUUAAUCAAUCUGUGUCCUACAAUGGAUCAGGAAAACCCACUGAGCCGAGAGGAAACGGAAUUAUGUCAUUCCCGAAGAAAGAACUCAACCCAAAAAGUUUUGACAGUGUCUGCUGCAGCAGUUCGGUGGCCUCUGUCAGUCCUGACUUACCUGAAGGGGAGGAUAAACUGUACGAUGAUGAGAACCCAAAGAAGAAACACCGGCGCAAUAGGACCACGUUCACCACCUUUCAGCUGCACCAGCUGGAGAGAGCGUUCGAAAAGUCGCACUAUCCUGACGUCUAUAGCAGAGAGGAGAUCGCGCUGAAAGUUCAUCUUCCAGAGGUCCGAGUACAGGUGUGGUUCCAGAACCGUCGGGCCAAGUGGCGUCGCCAGGAGAAGCUGGAGGUGAGCUCCAUCAAGCUCCAGGACACUUCCUCCCUCCUGUCCUUCAGCCGCUCCUCCUCCCAGUCCCGGGGCUCCGGGCUACAGCUGGAGCCAUGGCUGAGCACUCCCAUCACCACAUCCACCCCCCUGCAGUCCCUACCCGGCUUCAUCACCAUCCCAUCUCAGGGCCUCCCAAGACCCUCCAGCUACAGCCCUCCACCCUUCCUCAACUCCCCCAGUUUCGGACAUAUUGGUUCUCUGUGUCCUCCUCCGCCGCCCCCGUACCAGUGCUCAGCGGCUGGGUACAUGGACAAGUUAGCUAUGGAGGAGUUGGAUCCUCGUAAUUCUAGUAUUGCGUCUCUGAGGAUGAAGGCUAAGGAGCAUAUUCAGUCUAUUGGAAAACGUGGUGAGGAUGGACCCUGGAUUGCAUCCCUCUGAGGCAAUGCAAAGACUAAAGACUUCUACUGAAUGUAUUGUUGCUGCGCUAUGGACAUUAAAGUCCAAUAUGCUAGAGGACUCUUCUCCACAAGAUGAUGGACAAAGUCAAAAUGUUUUCUUCUUCAAUGGUUUACAUUAUACAUCCCAGUCAGUGUUUUAUGUGCAUUCUCAGUAUUGGAGGAGGGACAACCCAGUCUAAUUUCAGAUAUUCAAGUUUUAUAAUUAACUUUACUCGUCAGUGUUAUGCUUGCACUCACCAAGAUACAUCUGGUCUACUUUUAGGGCCGAUUCUGACUUAGGAAAUGUACGCCAUUCCUCCUUACCUUAUGCAGGUGCGUAAAGGUGUCCAAAUAGGCUGCAUAGGUUCGGUUUGCGCCUAACCCUUGGCUAGGGGAAGUGAACAUCUGUGCUUGCAUACUCCCUUAAAGGGAUACUUUGGGAUUUGGUCAAUGAAGCCCUUUAUCUACUUCCCAAGAAUCAGAUGA